UUAUCAAGCUCUCCGUAUGGCAAUAUAAAGACUGCAGUCAUGUUGCAUGUCCAGCUGCAGUCUUGUUUUCCAAGAGGCCCAAGAGGCCAGCAGUGUUAUGUAACAUAUCAGUUGCCUGUUUUCUUUUUUUCUCCCUCUUCCUGAGCACUUUUCACCCAGUUAGCCCCACACACAAAGUCAUUUCUCUCAGUGGGCUUUUUGAAAUACCUUCAACAUGAUUCUUGAGGCUCUUUUUAAUCGCAUGGACUUCAGCAACUGGCUGUUAUUUGGUUUAAUAUUGCUGCUUUUAAUCAAUGUGGUUAAAAACUGGAGGCCUCAUAACUUUCCUCCUGGACCGUGGUCUCUGCCGUUUCUAGGAAAUAUCUUCACUGGAGCCGACUUCAAAACAAUGGAGAAGCUUUCUCUGGAGUACGGCCCUAUCUUCAGCCUGAGGAAAGGCAGUACAAGGAUGGUGUUUAUUUCAGGGUACAAGAUGGUCAAAGAGGCUCUUGUCAACCAGCUGGACAGCUUUGCUGAUCGACCAGUUGUUCCUCUUUUCCAUGUUAUCUCUAAGGGACUUGGCAUAGUUCUGAGUAACGGUUACAUCUGGAUGAAACAGAGGAAGUUUGCCAACACACACCUGCGUUACUUUGGAGAAGGUAAGAAAUCCCUGGAAAACUACAUUGAAGUGGAGAGUAACUUCCUUUGUGAGGCGUUCAAAGAGGAGCAAGGAAGACCAUUCAAUCCUCACUACACCAUAACAAAUGCAGUGAGUAACAUCAUUGCCUCUGUAAUCUUUGGACAUCGCUUUGAGUACUCUGAUCCAACCUUUCGCAAAAUUCUGGAGUUGGACAACGAGGCUGUUUACCUUUCUGGCUUAGCUCAGACUCAGCUGUAUGAUGCCUUUCCUGGUGUAAUGAAAUACCUGCCAGGACCUCACCAGACUGUCCACUACAACUACAGUGAGUUCCUGAAAUUCCUGCAAAAGGAAAUAGAAAAGCACCAGGAGGAGUGGAACCCGGAUGAUCCUCGAGAUUUUAUUGAUGUUUAUCUGGCAGAGAUAGACAAGAAAAAAGAAGAUCCCCAGGCUGGCUUCAACACUGAAACACUGCUGGUUACCACCCUUGACCUGAUUGAGGCUGGAACAGAAACAACUGGUGCCACGUUACGUUGGGUCAUCCUAUACAUGCUGCACUACCCAGAGAUACAGCAGAAGGUCCAGGCGGAGAUAGACAGGGUGAUAGGACAAUCUCGUCAACCCACCAUGGCUGACAGACCCAACCUUCCUUACACUGAUGCCGUCAUCCAUGAGACCCAAAGGAUUGCAAAUAUUCUCCCCUUUGGAUUUCCCAAAAUGGCCAGUAAAGAUGCUACACUGGGUGGAUAUUUCAUUCCAAAGGGCACACCUGUUGUUACGAUGCUGUCGUCUGUGCUGUUUGAUAAGAACGAGUGGGCAACACCUGAUGUCUUCAAUCCAGAGCAUUUCUUGGAUUCAGAGGGCAGGUUCCUAAGAAGAGAUGCCUUCUUCCCAUUUUCAGCAGGUAAACGUGCGUGUUUAGGAGAACACCUGGCCAGAAUGGAGCUGUUCCUUUUUUUUGCGACUCUUCUUCAACGCUUUACCUUCUCACCUGUUCCGGGAGAGCUGCCAGGCUUGGAGGGUGUGAUGGGUUUCACUAAUGCUCCACAAACGUUCAGGGUCCUGGCUGUGCCUCGUUGAUGUCAUCAUAGCCAAACAUCUCCGUGAUCUCUGUCUUAUUUUUUAGACCAUGAAAUCAGGAGGAUGCAUUAAGUCACAUAACCAAUCAUUUUUAUAACACACAUUUUCCAUAUUGUAUGGUGACUAUGGCUAGUUUAUGACUAAUUAAUAAACAUGCACAGCAGCAUUUGUGGUGACAGGAGCUA